AUGAAAGAAUUUACUACGGUCGAUGGGAAGAUCUGUGACGAGGCUGCUGCGCAAUUGGAUGGGGAUGAAAAGAAAGCAAAGCAGAGGUGUUUCGUUGGGUUGUGUCCUAAUUUUAUGUCUCGUUACCAACUCAGUAGAAAAGCUGAGAAAGAGGCCAACACCAUUGCUGAACUCCUGAAAGAUAAAGACCGAUUUGAUGGAGUUUCCUACAAGCCUGCUUCAGGAGGGACAGCUACUAGACCUGACAAAGAGUACGAGGCCUUUGAUUCAAGAAAGGGUGCUUUCGAUACGGUCGUGGAGGCGCUUAAAGAUGCUAAUUUGAGCAUAAUUGGUGUUUACGGGAUGGGAGGUUUGGGUAAAACUACCCUUAUCAAACAAGUUGCUAGACAAGCCAAGGAUGAAAAUUUGUUUGAUGAGGUGGUCAUGGCGACUGUAACCCAGAAUUUUGACACAAAGAAUAUUCAAGAUCUGAUUGCCGAUGAAUUGGGUCUAAUUUUUGAAAAGCCGAGUGUACCCGGAAGAGCAGGCGAACUACGUAACAGACUAAAGAGGAGCAAGAAGAUUCUUGUUAUUUUGGAUGAUAUUUGGGAGAAAUUGGAUAUGGAUGCUCUAGGAGUUCCUUACGGAGGUGAACACCAAGGAUGCAAGAUCUUACUGACGUCUAGAAAGGUUGAUGCUUUAUCUUUGAUGGGUUCGCUGAAAAACAUUCGAAUUGAAAUAUUGAAAGAAGAAGAAGCAUGGAACCUGUUUAAGAAGAAGGCAGGUGAUAUUGUUCUAAGCCCUGACUUGCAAACUACGGCAAUUGAAGUGGCCAAUGAAUGUGCUGGAUUGCCGAUUGCCAUUGUAACAGUUGGGGAAGCUAUGAAAAACAAGAAGGAUUUGAAUGAUUGGAAGUAUGCUUUGCAUGAACUAAGAAAUCCCUCUAAAAGGAACUUCAAAGGGAUACCAGCAGGUACAUGUUCAGCUAUAGAGUUGAGUUACAAGUUUUUAGAAGAUGAGGAACAUCGACCUACUUUCCUACUCUGUAGCAUAAUGGGCCAUGAUGCUGCCAUCGAGCGCUUGUUGAGAUAUGGCGUGGGUUUGGGUUUAUUUCAUGGAGUUAACACAAUCAAAGAAGCACGAUAUAAAGUAUCCGCAUUGGUUAACAACCUGAAAAGCUCUUCUUUGUUACUUGAUGGUUCUACCUUUGAGCGCUUUGAUAUGCAUGACGUUGUUUGUGAUGUUGCCUUAUCGAUCGCUUCGAGAGACCACCAUUGGCUUGCUCUAGGAAGGGAUGAUGAUGAUGUAUUCAAAGAGUUGUCAAAUGAGGAAAAAAUGAGAAAUUGCGAACUGAUCAGCUUGCAGUAUGCUAAGGUUUGUGAGCGUUCUGAAUCUUCUGAUCACGAUCAGUUGGAAUGUCCAAAUCUUACCUUUGUCUCUUUGGGUAGUGAGGAUUCCUCUUUGAAAAUUUCAGACAACUUCUUUAGGGGAAUGCAAAAACUCAGAGUCUUAGAUUUUGCCAAACUUUAUUUUCCAUCCUUGCCUUCGUCAAUUUGUUUCCUAAAAAAUCUUCGUACUUUAUGUUUUUCUGAAUGCAUUUUAAAAGAUAUAGUCAUCAUUGAAGAGUUAAAGAAUUUAGAAAUCCUUAGCUUCCAUGAAUCUGAAAUUGCAGUGCUACCACCCCAAAUAGGACAAUUGAUCAAGCUAAAAUUGCUAGAGUUGAGUCAUUGUUCCAAGCUUAAAGUAAUAUCACCAAAUGUCUUGUCAAGUUUAUCCAGAUUAGAAGAAUUAUACCUAUAUAAUAGCUUUGAUAGAUGGGAGGUUGAGGGACAUGAGAAGCCAAGAACCAAUGCUAGCCUUGUUGAGUUGCAACAUUUGUGUCGUUUGACAACUUUGGAAGUACAUAUUCCUGAUCUGCAAGGUGUGCCAAAGGAAUUGUUUUCUGAAAAGUUUGAAAGAUACAAAAUUUCCAUUGGAGAGAAGUGGCGGCAGUCUUAUAAGUCAAAAACCUCGAGAGAGUUGAAACUCAAGUUGAAUAAGAGUAUUUAUUUGGACGAUAGUGGGGUUAAAACGUUGUUGAGAAAAACCGAAACUCUCCAUCUGGAUGCAGCGAAAGAUGUCAUAGACAUGCUUUAUGAUCCAGAUACCCAAGGUUUCCCACAUUUAAAACAUCUUGAUGUCCGCAAUGAUUCAGAGGUUAAACAUCUCAGUAACUCCAUGGAGUUGGCUUCAUGUAAAGCAUUUCCUCUUUUGGAGACAUUGUUUCUUCGUGAACUGAACAAUUUGGAGGCCAUAUAUUAUGGUCAACUCCAAGCUGAAUGUUUUGGUCAACUAAGAAUCAUAGAAGUUGAACAUUGUAACAUGUUGAAGAAUUUGUUCUCAUUCGCCUUAGCCAGAAAGCUCGGCCACCUUCAAGAAAUUCGUGUAUCUUAUUGCAAGAAUUUCACUGAGUUAAUUGUAGAAAAGAGGGAGGAAGAGAUUGGUGGUGAUGACAUUUUAGAAUUCAGCCAAGUACGCUCCUUAUCGUUAGCAAGUCUACCAACUUUCAUUAGCUUGUUUAACUCAGAAAAAAGGGUUUCCUCAUCUCAACAAGGAAGAGUUCAAUCAAUUGAAGGAAGUUCAACUGCCACAUCGCUUUUUGACCAAAAGGUCAUGUUCCCAUGCUUAAAGAAGUUGUGGUUAGCUUGUAUCACAGUUGAAAAUUUAUGGCAUGAUCAGCCUCCGGUAACGUCUUUUAGUGUUGGAAAUUUAACUGAGUUGACUGUUCAGAAUUUGAAGAAUCUAUUUACUUCUUCUAUGGUUGAAAGCUUCGUGCAACUGAAAUCACUUUUUAUUGGGUAUUGUAAUGAAAUUGAAGAGGUAAUAACAGUGACAGAAGGAUUACUGGAAGAAGAAAGGAUGAGGAAAAUGGUAUUUCCUAAACUAGACUACUUGGAGUUAUGGAGCCUUCCCAAUCUCAAAAGAUUUUGCUUUGGAAAUCCAAAUGAAUUCCUCUCUCUAAGGGAACGAAGGAUAGCUGAAUGUCCAGUUUUGAACACAUUUCAUUCUGAUUCUACAAGUGUGGGUACAAUUGUUGGAAAUGAAGCAGGAAAGAGUAGCAUCUCAAUGGUGAACCCUUGCACUGAUGUACCAAAAUAUCUAUUCGAUGAAAAGGUUGUGUUCCCAGGCUUAAAGCAGUUGGAUAUAAACUUCAUGGAAGUUAAAAAGCUAUGGCAUGAGCAACUUUCAGUAACUUCUUUUGGUGUUCAAAAUUUAACAAAGUUGGAAGUGUACGAGUGCCAUAAUUUGAAGAAUAUAUUUACUUCCUCUAUGGUUGAAAGCUUGGUGCAACUAAAAACACUUGCUGUUAAAAAAUGUAAUGAAAUUGAAGAGAUAAUAAUAGUGAUGGAAGGAUUAGUAGAAGAAGAAAGGACGAGGAAAAUGGUGUUUCCUAAAUUAGACUACUUGGAGCUUUGGGAUCUUCCCAAUCUCAAAAGAUUUGGCUUUCGAAAUCUGAUUGAAUUCCCUUCUCUAACAUAUCUGUAUGUAAAAGGAUGUCCUGUUUUGAAUACAGUUCAUUUUGAUUCUACAAGUGUGGGAACAACUGUUGGAAAUGAAGCAGGAGAGAGCAGCAUCUCAAUGGAGAACCUCCACUCGAAUGUCUCAAAAUACCUAUUCAGUGAAAAGUUGGCACUCCCAAAUCUACAGGAACUUCACCUCGAAUGGGAUGAUGGGAUGAAAGAGAGAUUGCAUGGCCUACGACUUGCAUCGGACUACUUUUGCAAACUAAAAGUUCUCGGACUUGUACGGUUUCCUCAACAAUUAGCCAUAUUCCCAUCUUUCCUGUUCCAAUUACUAUCCUUAACCAAUCUCGAAAGCCUUCAAAUAAAAGAUUGUUACUUUGAAGAGUUGUUAUUCCAAAGUGAAGGAGUUGGUGGUGAGGAAGGAUUCCAAAAUCUAAGGAUUUUACAUGUGGAAGGGUGUCCCAAAUUAAAAAGUAAUUUAGUUCCAUCCUCAGUAUGUUUCCAGAAUCUGAUGACUCUUAAAGUACAUAGAUGUGAUGGGAUCAUAAAAUUAGUUGCACAUUCAACAGCCAAAAGCCUAGUGCAGCUCAGAGAAAUGAGGAUAAGUUAUUGUGGAAAGAUAGAAGAAAUCAUAGAAGGUAGCGAUGGGGAUCGUGAUGAAGUGAAGGAUGAAAUCAUUUUCCCCAAACUCAACCUUUUGGAACUGAGUGGGCUAUCAAAUCUAGAAAGCUUCUGCUCAUCAGGGAAUCAUACCUUUGGAUUCCCAUCCUUAGCAACCGUACUUAUGCAUGAAUGCCCAAAGAUGAAGAUGUUCUCUAAGGGAGGGUUAAACGCUCCGAUGUUGCACAAAGUACGACCACAUGAGUGGGAAGAUGAAGAGGAAUGGAUUUGGGAAGGAAGCCUUAACAGCACCAUACAAAAACUGUUCAAGGAACGGAAUCCCGCGGAGGAAAUGCAGUAUUCUGUAGAAGAUCAAGGCAAUCCUUCAACUUCUAACACACAAUCAACAUAGUCGAGAAUGCUGAAGAAGAUCAGCUCAAUCCUUUGAUUGCCAAGAAACAUAGUAUGUUCUUCAUUUGAAGGUGUUUUCUUCAUCUCAAGUGCAGAAGUGCAAGGUUCCAAUUCCUAUUUCCUUCAUGGCUGGCAUUUAUGAGCCUUGGCAGAGUGAAGUAAACAAUGUAUGUAUUUUGAGACAUCAUUAUUGAUACUUCGUCAUUUGAAAUCAAAUGGUUAUAAGAUUUCCUUUAUUAUAAUACCGGGGUUGUUUAAAUGAACUAAUGGUCAUUUUUUUCAUUUCACAAUUGGGUUGGGUACCUUGGAUUAUAUUAAUUUCAUUUAAUUGUCAGUUGUCAUAUUACUGAAGGGCAGUACUGCCAAGCUGUUCUGUCUCUAAGGACAAGUUUAAUCAUGUUGCAUUUGUUCAACCUGUAAAAUGGUGGCAGCUUCUUUCUUUUAGUCUUUCUAUGUUUCUAUGAUGACUAAAUAUAGCCUGCCAUGUAUUUGAUCAACCUCGGAAGUAAUAACAUAUGUAAUAGUUGUCUGUUUUAAUGA